AUGGGGAAUCAGACUUCGGUUACACAGUUCAUUCUUCUAGGAUUUCUACUCAACCGAAGGUUGCAGAAGCUCCUCUUUACCCUCUUCUCCCUGUUCUAUGCCUUCACCCUGCUUGGGAAUGGGACAAUUGUGGGGCUUAUCUGCCUGGACUCGAGACUCCGUACUCCCAUGUACUUCUUCCUGUCUCACUUGGCCAUCGUUGACAUUGCUUAUGCCUGCAACACAGUGCCUCAGAUGCUGGUGAAUCUUCUAGAUCCAACCAAACCUAUCUCCUUUGCUGGAUGCAUGACACAGACCUUUCUCUUUUUGGCCUUUGCACACACAGAAUGUCUCCUCCUCGUGGUGAUGUCCUAUGAUCGGUAUGUGGCCAUCUGCCACCCCCUCAGAUAUACUGCCAUCAUGAGUUGGAGAAUUUGUAUUAUCCUGGUGGCAACUUCCUGGAUUCUAGGAGUUCUAUUGGCCCUGGUACAUCUCAUAUUACUAUUACCAUUGCCCUUCUGUAAAGCUCAAGAAGUAAAUCACUUUUUCUGUGAAAUUAUAGCUGUUCUCAAACUUGCCUGUUCAGACACCCACAUCAAUGAGGUCAUGGUUUUGGCUGGGGCUGUGUCUGUGCUUGUGGGACCAUUUUCUUCCAUUGUGGUCUCUUAUGCUCAUAUUCUGUGUGCCAUCCUGAAGAUCCAGUCACGCCAGGGGCGCCAGAAAGCCUUCUCCACCUGUGCCUCCCAUCUCUGUGUUGUCGGACUCUUUUAUGGUACAGCCAUUGCCAUGUACAUUGGCCCUCAACAUGGGGAUGCCAAUGAGCAGGAGAAAUAUCUCUUGCUAUUCCAUAGCCUUUUCAAUCCUAUGCUCAAUCCACUGAUCUAUAGUUUGAGGAACAAAGACGUCAAAUGUGCUCUGAAGAGGAUGCUCACGAAGGAGGAUACUUCUCGAGAGCAUUAA